AAGGUUCCCUGGCAAUUGUGUUUGUUGGGACAGUAGAGGACUUUCUGUUUAUCAAAAGAAACAGCACAGGGACUUUUUUCUGCACCAUGGCGGCGGUGAGUCUUGCAGGGAAGAAGAUCCUCAUCACGGGAGCAGGCAGUGGUAUUGGUCGCGCGACCGCCGUCAAACUGCACAAGCUGGGCGCCACUCUAGCCCUCACGGACAUUGAUGGCAGAGCCACAGACCAGACCCGUGAGCUGUGCGGAGAUGCUGGUGGUGUCGAGAGUCACUACGGAGGGGUGAUGGAUGUGGCGGACGAGAGGGAUGUAGCCUCGCGAGUCAAAGACAUCGUUGGUCGCUUUGACCACUUGGACCAUGUAUUCAAUUGCGCCGGUGUGAACCCGACGGCGAUGCCCCUUGUUGACACGCCGAGUGCUUAUUUCGACAAAUUGGUGGGUGUCAAUCUGAAAGGCGUGUACAAUGUCACCAGAGCCACGAUCCCACACAUGAAGACGCCGGGCAGCACCUACGUCAACGUCUCAUCCAUCUUGGGCUGGAACGCCAGGGCGCAGAUGUCCAUCUACUGCGCAACAAAGUUCGGGCUCAUUGGCUUCAGCAAAAGCAUGGCACUCGAACUGGGGCCCAAGGGGAUCCGGACGAAUGUCAUUGCGCCUGGCAAUGUCGAAACGCCCACCAACGAGGGUAUCAUGAGGGGCACUGCCGAAGCCAGAGAGGAGAUGGAGAAGAGCAAUGCUCUGGGCAGGAUAGGAACACCGGAGGAUAUUGCUGAUGUUGUUGCUUUUCUAAUGAGCGAAGAAGCACAGUUCAUGAACGGCAGCGUAGUCGAGGUUGACGGCAUGCCAAAAUGAUAGAAACCAAGGGAACAAGGCACGAGUCGAGGACGACUCUGAUGUUUG